AGCCCCUACCCCCAUUCGCAAGUGGCUGUCCAAGUUUUAGCGAGACACACCCAUUUAUUGAUCCCCUGACCACAACAUGCUGGUCCUUGUUUAUCACCGCCUCGUCUACUUUCAACAAGGAAUCCUCGACACUAGAUAGUAAAUUUGGCACCUUGAUGUUACAACUAAACGUCUGCGAGUACCCCUUCCCCUGCUUCAUUUUGGAGCUCUUGCUAUUCGAAUCGAAAGGUAAAGGAGCAAGUGUCGUUCAUGCGUACUAGGAGAUAAUAGAUACAGUACAACUCCAAGUUGUACGAAGACGAAGAGCAUUGGCGUCAUCCCUUCCUCAGACCAAGUCGAUGACGGAGAUCCUGGCAGCAGCAAAUGGCGGCUCAUCCUCUUCUCCGCCGCUGCCACCGCUCGGACCGGUCGAGAAGCAGCAGUCGGAUCCGCCGAAGAUUUUUUUUGCCGCGACGCGCCUGCACCGGACGGAUGCGAGCGUGGAUGCAGGGCAGCUUUUGAACAAAUUGCGGCGGGUGAUCGAGUGCGCCGGCGGUGCGGGCUGCCAUGGAUUCCUGGUCGCCUACCCUCUGUGGGACGCCUUUCUCCGCCGGUCCAUUGACCGCAUUCUGAAGUCCAAGCAGCGGCGCUUUCCGCAGCUGCAACUGCUGGAGCCGGUCCCCGUGCCCUACUGGGGCGCGUUCACGCCCGCACUUUCCAACCUGAUCGCGGCGGCGCUGGCGAAGAAGGCGGACCUUUUGAUGUUCCUCUCCCUGUAUCAAUUGCAAAAGUGUCUGGGUCUGGAAGGUUGAAACCUCUGAUGCGCAUUUCAGAACGCAGAAAAAUCUCUCAUGCAUAGUCAGCAAAAGUUGCCCACUUUCUGUCACCAAAGUCAGGGAAUUGUCAUGCGGGUUCGGCAUUGCGAACGCUUGUCGAAGCCUGUGAUGCUAGAGCUUCCAUGCCAGACCUUCUGUGUCAUGCAAAAGCAGCACGAUUCUUCCAGACCCAGACGUUUUUAUAUUUGAUACCCUGGAAAUGAUCGUUAACGGUUUUUCCGUGGACAUUUUGCGCAGCUACCUUUCCGAGACCACGCUCGUGGUUGGGCCCGAGCUCAAAAACAGCCACUUGUUCGGGCUGGAUCACAACCCCGUGUUCGAGCCACCCACAAACCAGAGGACCGAAGUUGUAGAUGACAAAGCAGAGCGCCAUAAAAAGAAGCCUUCAUUGUCGUCUGCUCCUUCCGAAGAUGCUGAUGAACACGGCUCGAAUAGUUGUACAAGCAAAUGGUCGUUUGAGGUGAGCGGGGCCAACAUUCCGUGGAACACCUGCGCAAUCUGGGAUUUGCAGAAGUUGUCACUCUUCGGCUUUCCCAGCAUCGCAGACGGGCACAUUCCGGGAGUAGAGAAGGGGAUCGAGGAGGUCGUGGCGAUCAACAUUGCGCAGUCUUGCCUGACACCGGCGCAGGCCGAGGUGAAGCUGAUUCGGCUGCCGGAGAAGGGGACCACGUUGUUCAACAACAGUCCUGGCACCAGCAACAGAACUGUAGCAGGCCCACCGCAAUUGCAGCUCUCGGCGAAUUUGUCCGGACAAAAUAGACAGGUGUCCGGUCCUAUGGGUCCCGCCACGACGAGUAUGAAAACCAAAAGCCCCGUAGCUGGUGCAACUACUACGACACCUUCAAAGGGGCCAGCAAACCCACCAGUUCCAUCGCUUCCUCCGGGCGAGGAAGUCUUCGCCAGUGAAGAAGGCCGGGCGAGUAGUGCCGGCAAUGUCGCAGGCCAGGAGGACGCGAUCUGCAUUUGGGACGUGUUUGGCACCGCGUGGAUUGAGCUCAUGCGCACGGGAGCAUCAAGGACAUUGGCGCGGGAAGUGUCACACAUGAUCGACGAAGCGCAGCACGAGCACUUCCGCGUCACCGCGGAUGAUGAGUUUGGGCGGUUGAGUGAGGGGAAGGAGGAGGAUUACUCCAAUGCCGGCGCGGAUGGGGCGGCGGCCAACGCCAACAUCGGUUUAGCAGCAGGAGUAGGAGAGCUACAACUAGUCGCGGCUACUUCUGCAGCUGAUGGCAAUAAGAGCUUUUUUGCCAACAGCUCUGCCACUGCGGAGGAUGACAAAGUGAUUUCAGCCAGCGGAAAAAACCUGCAGAACAUCCCACUAGCGCCUGCUGCGAUGGCGGAGAUAAACCAGAACAAGACGCUCCUGUCGAACAGCGGGAUGAACACUUCUAAGUUGAUACUAGACGUCAACCUUCGGGAGGGUGACGAGCUUUUACUCGCGCCGAACCUGAAGGUUCUAACCAGCGACGUGGAUCUGGUUCCAGGCGAGAGUCCUACUCUGCAAGUUGCCCUCGGCAACCCCCGCGGCGAGAACAAUCCUCGCGAGAGCCCGGCCUCGGACAAAAUUAGCAUUCACACCAUCCGCAGCGGAUCUCAGGGGGCGCAAUCCAAGAACUCGCGGUCUGCUGGUGGAAAUAUGAACCUGGCUUCAUCUGCCGUCGCAAACCAAAAAAUGCUGGGUGCUGCUGCGGAACCGAACAGAAACUCCAAAUCGAAGAUUCCACAGCACCCUCCAGACGAGCCUCUGGCGCUGGAUGGUGCGAGCUUCGAUCCCGUCGGAAUAAGACCGCAGCACGCCGCCGCGGCCGCGGAGUCGACAGAAAAUAACUCGGAAGCAGAUGAAUUCUCUUUCCUGCCAAAGGCCCGUGCGGGCGGCAGCAAGCCGCAUACAGGAAUUCUCGCCGGCGGUGGUCCUCCCAUGAUCGGAGGAAUCACGGCAGGCGAAGGGAGCGCUGACGACAUGCAAGAACAAUCCGGCAGCGCCGUGUCUUCCACCGGAGAAGACGACUUCAUGUCCUCCGGCGGUGGACAGCAGAUCGGGGACCAACAGCCGCAUCAAUUACUGAACACGAAAUCGUCCCCACCAGUCGUAGCAGCGAAUGGAGCAUCUUCUUUCCGAGGUGGAGCAGCAGCGGAGCACCAGCUGCCGCAGCUGCUACAGAAGGUCGCCAGUAGCGACUCGAUCCGCAGCAUGGGAGUGGCUUCCAGCGAUUCCGAGAGCAGCAGGAUCGUUUUCGGUCCCACCACCCGCUCCGCCCAUAUUGGCGCGAAGACGAAGGACCGCUCUUUGAUGGCACGGGGCGGUGGACCAAACCGCAAGAUGCCCGGACCGCUGGUGCGAAGCGAGGGGAGUACGGCGUCCAUCGGCUCCAUUUUCACGAAGGAGGAACAGAAAAGCCUCACCAAAGAAGAAAAACACAUAAGGAAAUGCGCCACCAAAAUCUCCCGCGCAAACAGCCAAAUGAGACACCUCCAAAACCUACGCCCCGGAAUCGUGCAGCACAUAGUGCACUCUGUAACAACCUCCUAGAUAUGACAAUUCGAGGAACUGUGACACGAUCUUGCCUCAC